GCUCUCCCCUAAAAAAAGGAUCAAUCUUUCCCCUGGCAGUAGUAGAAUGCGGCGGCGGCUAGGAGGCUAGGAGGGGAUAUCCGCAUGUGGUCCGGUCUUUUGGAACACCCGUCGGUCGACGGCGAAGCCAACCGCUAUCUCGACUUGGAUCCAUUGCUGGCAGGAGUCGGUCUGGUGCUCUGUACCGUCAUCGAGUCAACGACGGUGACGCUGCUUUCCUUUGGCCCUCCUCUCUCCCUGUGCCUUGGUCGAAAUCUCAACCGCCAUCGAUCCAACACAGGUCGCCUGCUGAUAGCACAGGAUGGGACGAGUCAGAGCCCUUGCUGUCUGCCGCUGUCUCUUCUAAUUCUCUCAUGUAUCAGAUUAUUUCAGAGAAAGAUGUAUGGUCUUAUCUCCACUAAGCUGUAUGGAUGGUCUUAUCUCCACUAAGCUGUAUGGAUGGUGGCUUAAUAGGUUGCAAAUUUGACCAUACCUUUCUGGUCAACUUAACUGAACUGUACUAUUUGUUUCUUGAAGUCUUGAGAAGGUAAUGAUGCUUCUCUCAUUUGUAUUAUUUUGAAUAUUUGUUGGAUAUCCUGCUGUAUUUACUUGCUCUAUCCAAUUAUAUUUCUGCAAUCAUUAGCCAUUUAUCUCAUCCUUACAACCACAUCAUGCAGUUGUUCAUAUAGAUUUAAGAAAAUAACACUGCUAACUGAUAGUAACUCGAGUAUACCACCUGUUGUAGCAGUGUUAUUUUAUAUAGGAAAUAUGAAGAUGCACCUUUUUCCGAAAGAACAGAAGAUACAAGUAGCCGAAAGGGAAUUUUGCUUUGAUGUGGUGAUCCCCUUCUCCCAUACGUGCUGGUAGCAUUUUCCUUUUUUUUUGUUUCAUAACACACUUGAUGCACAAAGUAAUUUUGGUGAUUUGAGGGCUUUGAGUGUCUGUCGUUCAGGUUUGCAAGCUCCAGAUUGUACAUCAGGAAGAACAUUUAGUGAUUCCUCACGAAAGAAGAACAUUUAGUGAUUGCCAAAAUGUGCAUAGGCAUGUGCAGAACCAAUGCAACAUGAUCAUUUUAUUAUUAUGUAUUGCAAGAAAUAUGCUACU